AUGUCCAGUGAGCAAGAUCGAGUCGACGAGGAGAAUGGCAGCGGUCUGGGCACCGAAGCUCCAGGCGACGCGAGGAACCUUCCACGGUGGUUCCCCGGCCGCGGCGGCAGCUGGAGCUUCGGAUGGAAGAAAAUCCAAAUCGCCGACAGCAGUGCGGCGACGGAUGCGGCGACGGAUGCGACAGCAGCGAGCGCAUCGGAUGCGACAGCAGCGAGCGCAUCGCCCACCGAGAUGACUGGGCACGCAGCAUUGUCAGAAUUGGGCGACUAUUCAAAAGACGGCGGCGGAGGCGAAGGAGCAGCACGGGCGUCCGCAGCGCGGGUGUGGCGGUGGGUGUGGUCGCGGCGCGACGUGCUGCUGAUGAGCACGGCGUUUCUCUUCUUCUUCGUGGCGUUCAACGCGCUGCAGAACGUCGCGACGAGCAUCCACGGCGCGAGCAACAUCGGCGCGCUCUCCAUGGGCGUGCUUUACGCCGUCAUCGUCGUCACCGCGCCGCUCGCGCCCUUCCCCAUCCGCUUUUGGCGCGCGCGCGCCGCGAUCCUUGUGGCGCAGACGGGGUUCUGGGCUUUUAUCGGUUCCAACGCGUUCACUAUAGAGUGGCUGCUUCUGCUCGCGUCGUGCUACCUCGGAGUCUGCUGGUCCGUCGUCUGGGUAGCUCAGGGAGUGUACCUCGUUGCUGCUGCGGGUGUCUACAGUAAACGUUACAACAAGCCUAUGGACGUUGUGGUGACUGAAUUUAGCGCCCUUUUUGGGGGAAUAUUCGCCUUUAACCAGAUUAUAGGGAAUGCAAUCACUUUCACCGUCUCGCAACUCUCCUAUUCCUCCUCUUCCUCCUCCUCCUCCUCCCUUCCUCCCACCACCGUCACCAUACUCAUUAUAGUGCUUUGCAUCUGCCUCGCUAUAGGCUCAGUGCUCUCCUGGCUCCUCCGUGAUCUCAAGCCAAUAGAAGUCCGCCGCGUGGACGACGCUACCCUGAAUUUCAAGCGCCCUGUCGCUGCGCUCGCUCCCUGUCCGUCGAUUUCAUCCAGCAGGGCGCUUUCAAUCUUCACUGUUGAUUGGGAGGAGAUGGAAGAGUUGGUGGAGGAGGAAGUGGAGGAAGAUGAGGAGGAAGAGGGGGAGGAAGAGGGGGCGGAAGUGGGGGAGGAUGAAGAGGAGGAGAAAGGGAGAGAAGGGGGAGCGAGGGGUGGGAAGAAGGCGAAGCGGCACUUGAGAGCAAUAUUGUCGGGCGUGGAUGAGGAGGGGGGAGAGGGAGAGGAGGAGCAGAGGGGAGAGCAUGGGCAGGGUGAGAGGGGAGAGGUGGUUGGAGAGGAUGAGAGGGGGAGUGUGGGUAUAGGAGAUCGUUCGGUGUCCGCUCCUGCGGCGUCCGGGCGGCAUUCUUUGUCUCGGUCUGUGAAGUCGAAAAGGAUGACGGUGACGGUGGGCGGGGGGAGCAAGGAGGGGGAGGGGAGGAACGCGUGGCAGCUGCUGUUUGAUCGCAAGCUGCUGCUGCUCAUUCCGCUGCUCUUCUACUCGGGCCUGCAGGCCGCUUAUAUCAGUGCGGACUUCACGCGCUAUGUGGUGCAGCCGCUGCUGGGAGCGCAGUGGAUGGGUGGAGCCAUGAUGGUCUUUGGAGUCGCCAUUGCUGUCUGUUGUUUCUUCGCAGUUCGCUUUGCCAAGGGGCUCUCAUCGAUUCGCCUCAUGCUGCUGCUAGGUGCUGCCUCGCAGGCAGCCGUUCUCGUCCUCACAUGGGUCUUUCAAGAAAGGAUGCAGAAUACGCGCAUUGGAUCGCGAGGAGCAGUGCGGCCUGCUCCGCCUACUUCCUCGCCAACCCUCGCUAUCGCUCACCCGCUCCCACCCCCCAACACCUCCCUUGACCCCGCACAGGACGCGGCAUACGCGCAUUGGAUAUCGUGGAGCAGUGCAGCCUGCUCCGCCUACUUCCUCGCCAGCCCAUACAUCGCCACGCCCAUCAAGAACUCCCUCCUCCUCGCCUUCUGCCUCCUCUCAGUCAUCCUUGCUGCCAUUGCUGUCAGAAUCAGACCCCCGGGACAGGCGAAGCCAUGUGAAGGGGUGUGA